UGACCAACCAGUGACUCCAUGAACAGAGAGAAAAAAAAUCAAUAGAACAGUUGUUGCAGUUUCAAAAUCACUUCACUUAUAUGUAUCCAGGAUCCAGGGAGAUCUGAAGUAUGAGGAGGUUUAAGCAACCAUUUGUUUAUUCCCAGUCCUAUCACUGCUUGCCUAAAUCUUUAAGUUGUUCUAGGCUCGGAAUCAAGCCUUUCAUCUAUCACAUUGUCCCGUCUCGACAUAACUCCAUUGCCCGUAAUUUAACCCUGAAUAAGCUUAGUCUAGUCAAAUUUUUUGAUAAAGCAAGUAGGUGUGAUGGCAGAACUAGAUCAGCCUUUUCAAUCAAUUCAGAGCUGGAGAAUCGAAAAACCCAACAAGUUCAACAGGAAACGCAUGAAAAGAGCUUCUGGGGUGCUGUUAGUUUGAUCAUUGGCACUGCUGUAGGCCCUGGGAUGUUGGGAUUGCCUGCAGCAACUAUAAAAUCAGGCCCCCUUCCAUCAACAAUUGCUAUUAUUCUGUCAUGGAUUUAUGUCAUUACCUCGACUUUACUUGUGGCCGAGCUCAGUUUUGCAGUGAUGGAGGAAGACAAUGUUGCGGAGGUGAGCUUUACUGCUCUUGCAACGAAGACAUUAGGAAGUCGAAUUGGUUCUUUCGUUGCUUUAGUCUAUGCAUCCUUCAUUUUCUCUUUGUUGGUGGCCUGUGUUUCGGGUAUAGGAUCAAUCAUCUCUCAGUUGAUACCUCGGUUAAAUCCUCUGAUUGCUCAUGUCUUGUUUCCUUUCGUCGCUGGAGCUAUGAUCUGCUUUUUACCAUUUAAGGUCACAGAUACUGCCAAUCGGUUGCUGUGCUUCAUUAUGCUAUGUUCCAUUACUUCACUAGUAGCUGUUGGCCUUUCUAUCGGGAGAAGCAGCUUAAUCGGUUCCUUUCUACACGCUUCAUGGAGCGUCUCUUCAAUCUUGCCUGCUAUUCCUGUAACUGUACUCACACUGGGAUUCCAUGUAAUCACUCCUUUCAUUUGCAAGAUAGCUGGAAACACUGUCCACGAAGCUCGGAAAGCAAUUCUGUUAGGGGGAUUCGUUCCAUUAGUCAUGGUUCUGUCAUGGAAUCUAAUCGUCUUAGGCCUCGUAGGGCCUAAUCAUGCCUCGAUACAUAAAGACCCGAUAUCACUCCUGCUUUCAGUUAAUCCCUCUGCUUUAACAGCAGUUCAAGCUUUCGCAUUCUCAGCAUUGGCCACCAGCUUUAUAGCUUAUGCUAUCAGCUUUCCGAAGCAGGUGAUCGAUACCAUUGAUAUGAUUCUUUUUAAAUCAAAUAGAAGCCAAGAAGCCAAAUCUCAAUCUCAUAGAGGUUCUGCUGAAAGUGGAGGUGGAAGAGUUGGUUUCGUUACCUCUGGACCGCGACUAGGUUUUAGCUUGUUACAGAGCAUGGUAGUGCCGCUUGUCUUAGCCAGUCCAGUUCUUGUCGCGUCUUUCUGCAACUCAACCUUCUCAGCUGCCCUCGACUUUGCCGGUAUCUAUGCAAAUUGUUUCUUGUUCGGCAUUCUUCCACCAAUAAUGGCUUACAUCUAUAAAACCAGCAAAAAGCACAGGUCUUUGUCCAGUUUCUUUGGAGGAGAUGUUACGCUAUUAGCUCUUGUAUGCAUUGCCACUGUCCUCGGAAUAUGGCAUUAACGGCCUAAGGGGCAGUGCCGCGGUGCCUCAUCCCCUCUGCCCCAGUUGGAAACAGACGUUGAAAGUUUAAAUCUUUGGUCCAGAAGAUUGUGUAAUUCCAGAUAUACGCAAAAGAACAACUUCUUGUGCUUACCAACCAAAGUAAAGUGCCAAUGAAGAUAUUCAAGUGAAAAAUGCAACUCAAGCCAAGUUAAAGAGCCAGUAAUCUUUU